AUGGGGACUCCUCUGGCGCUCCAGCCAGGUGGAGCUGAGCCCCCUCCUGUCUUGUUCCACAGCCUUGGGGGCUUCCAGACAGAGGCCAUGGCGCGGCAUGAGAGGAGACCCCAGAGAGGCGCGCUCUCGUUUCAGGUGGAUGAGAAACGGGAGCCUUUGAAAAGCAAGAACAACGAAGGUCAGAGCAGUGAAAAAGGACCUGGGAAGGUGGGUUCUGGCCCUGUUAGCUAUGAAAAGGAGACCGAGAAGUGGGGGGUGGCCUGCCCCCGAGCUCUGGCCGAAACACUUCUGCCGAGAGAGCGAGUUGUCCCAGCCUCGCUCUCCCUGGCGGAAGAGCUGUCCCAGGCAAUGCUGCGGAUGGACAUGGCCCUGGAAAGGGAGUACGCCUUCGACAUCUUCAGCAGCUUGAUGCGGAGACAGCCAUCGUAUGCAUUCCAGGGCUUUGACCUGCCGCGGUCUGUGACGGUGGAGAUGCGAGCCCUCCUUGUUGACUGGUUGGUGCAAGUGCAUGAAUAUCUGAAUCUGGCAGACGAGACCCUCUACCUGGCAGUCUAUCUCAUGAACGCCUACAUGAAAGCAGGCCGGGUCAGGAUCCCUCGCCUGCAGCUCCUCAGCAUCACCUGCCUCUUUCUGGCCUGCAAACUGGAGGAACACACUUGUCCAGAGCCAGCCCAGCUGUGCUUCAUGAUGGAGGACUCGUGCAGCCACAAGGAUCUUCUGCGAAUGGAACGCAAAAUCCUGGCCCAGCUCAGGUUUGAGCUGCACUACGCCAACCCCAUCCACCUGUUCCGCCUACUGGCAGAAGUGGCCCAUUGCACCUUGGAGGUCCAGUUCUUGGCCCUCUAUUUCAUGGAAGUGUCUUUGAUGGAGGUGGACUGUCUGUGUUUUGAGCCUGCCCAGUUGUCCUUUGCUGCUUUGUAUCUGGCACAGCAGCUGUCAUGUGAAGCCAAAAUCAAAGACGUGGAUGCACUUAAAGAAUGUUUUCCAACGUUCCAUGUGUACAGUGAGGCGGAGCUGUCUGCUGUCUUCCCGUACAUGGCCAAGGCGGUUCUGCAGGGAGCCAACUCCACCCUUCGUGCCAUCUUCCUGAAAUACUCCAGGCCACAGAAGCUUUGUGCCAGCACCAACCCUGCCAUUGCUGCCUCUAAGUUCUUGAGUCGCUGCCUGGGGAAUCCCACUCCAUGA